GUAGAUAGAACAAUUGACUGUCACAUUCCACCCCCUAACUGACAAACACCCCCUCCCUUCACUCACCGUUCCUUCAUUUUUAAGCCUCUCUUCACUCCCUCACUUCCCCAUUACUCUCUCUCUCUCUCUCUCUCUGAUAUGGCUCCGAAGAGCAGUGAGGGACUGGCUAAAAAAGUUUACAAUAAAGGAGCAUGGACAUCUGAGGAGGAUAGAAAGCUGGCUCAGUAUGUUGAAGUUCAUGGAGCAAAGAAGUGGAAGACUAUCGCUACCAAGUCAGGUUUGAACCGAUGCGGGAAGAGUUGUAGAUUGAGAUGGUUGAAUUAUCUUAGACCGAAUAUCAAGCGAGGCAACAUUACUGAUGAAGAAGAGGACUUGAUACUUAGGCUUCAUAAGCUAUUAGGGAACAGGUGGUCCUUGAUUGCUGGGAGACUUCCUGGACGAACCGAUAAUGAGAUUAAGAACUAUUGGAAUUCUCAUUUGAGCAGGAAAAUAAAUCAGAAGGGAAAAAUGACGACAACUUCGCCGGAACAAGAAAGCACGCCUGAGAAAACUGCAGACUCUGACGUCAAAAGAGAAGGCACCAAAGGAAGUGGAGACGGAGAGUUUAUGCUUGAUGUGAAUGAAUUCUUCGAUUUCUCUACCGGAGGUACCUACGGGUUAGAUUGGGUUAAUAAAUUUCUUGAACUCGAUGAUGAUCAGGCACUUACCGAUAAAUGGUAAGAUCUUUGUUAAAAAUGUAAUAAUGUGUGUGUGAAGUUGGUGUGAUCUUCUCUUGGAAUUUUGAAUAAAUUGCUUUUCUUGUUGAUUUGGUCUCAAA